GGCGUGCCUGCCGUUCGACGUGCCGGUUGCGAGGGCCGGCGGUGGUGGUGGCGGUGCGGGAGACUGCGUGAGUGGCGUGACGCUGACGGAGUCGGUGACGGUUGGCGGCGGGCGUGCGACGGCGUGCUUCGACUCGGUGGUGUUCAGCGGGCCGAUCACUGUGGCGGUGGAACUGCGCUUGAUGGAUGCGUUCGCUGACUCGCUGAACGUGACGCUGCGCCACUGCGUGCUUGCGGGCGGCGCGCAGCUGCGGAUUGGUGGCCUCGGCGAGAGCACGGCGCGCCUGAUGCCACACGCCCUCGUCAACAUGACGAAUGUGACGUCGGUGGAGGGCACGAUCGUGCUGCAUGGCACGAUGCCGCCGAACUCGAGUUUGCUGCUGGCGAACUCAACGCUGCGUGCGACGGUUGGCGGGUUGCGGUACAUGCCGACGACCCCUGGCCAUGCGGGAUUUCGGUACGGCCCCGCGCUUGUCUUGGACGGCGUCCGGCUUCUGUCGACGCGGUUUGUCAUGACGCGGUCGAUGCUGGCGUGUGGCGGGGAAUUGUGCGCUGCGAUCCUCGUGGAGCGCGGCCUCGGUGUGAACCUGUCCAGCGCCUUCUACAUGGAAAAUUGCGUCGUCAGGUCGCGGACGCACGUGAUGUACGCCCUUGCGUCGGAUUUGCGUGUGAGCAGUGGCUCUGUGUUCUCCAUACAGGACAGCUUGUGGAGUGCGCCGAGCAUUAACAUGUACGAAGGCGCGUGUGUGUUUGGGGACGUUGUGGUGGCUGGCGGCAGCGUGCUGCAGGUUGUGUCCAGCGAGUUCCGUCUCGGUUUCGCCAUGCUCAUUGCAAACACGCUGACCGUGGCUGACGGCAGCUGGCUGGUGCACCGCGACAACGAGUUCCGCACCGCCUACGUUGUGUACGUGGCCAACGAAAACGGCGUUGCGUUCCGCGAUCGGAGUGUGUGGUCGAUACUUGACAACAACUUCACGUACGGCUCGUACUCGUCAACCAUUGCGCAUAUGACAAGCAACUGGUCACCACCAUCCGACGCGCGCCCGACCAUCUACGGCGUGUGCAACGACGCAAGGGGCUCACCUGUGACGGAUUACCAAGAAGACCUCAAUAUUGGGACGCCCGUGACGGUGCUGGACUGUGGUGCGUGCACGGUGGACGCCGUGUGCUUUGCUGCGAGGACGAGCAGCAUCAGCGGCUGUGAGUGUGUGUGCGCUGCUGGCGGCUACGGAGACACGUGUCUGCCGGCUGCGGUUCCGGACGGCAUUGGGCCGCUCCCGCUCCCCUAUGCGAAGGGCACGGAGGUCCGCUGCGUGCACGGUGGCAGCAUCAGCUCCGUGGACUAUCCUGAUCCCGGUGUGCGUGGUCUGUGCUUCGUCAACGUGACCUUCACCGCCGCGAUUGUGCUGUACCUGUCGCGUUUCGACGCAUCACAACGGACACUGAACAUCACGCUGCUGCAGUGCGUCCUCGUGGGUCUGUCGAUCAAGGGGAGUGGCGCACGUGUGCACGUGAGCGUGGCAUCGUCGUUGCUGGAUUCUGGUGAUUUGGAGUUUGAGGGCGAUUUUGGCGUGAGCUCCCAGAUAAUGGUGGUGGGCAGUACGCUUGAGACGACGUCGAGCCACGCCAUUUUAUUUUUAAAGGUUUUUCUUGGUGUGAACUCGACGCUGCUGCUACUUGACAACAACUUGGAGGGGAGUAAUUGCGCGUUAUAUAUUUCCAAUGCUGCCGUUGAUGGUGGCGGGGUCAUCGUGAAGGGAAAUACGCUGAUCACAACGGAGGAGGGUCAGGGUGUGGAAUCAUCUGUUUGCGUUAAUGCUAUUGAUGUGAGGAACGGCGGCUACUUUGUCGUUGAGAACACCACGAUGAGCUCGGUCAAUGGCGUUUAUAUUUUUGGGGAUACUUCCGUGAGCACCGCGGGGCUGCUGCGAGUGGCGGACUGCACCUUUAUUGGCAGCACGAAGGUUUCGACUUCUGCGCUGUCGUAUUUGUAUGGCUCUGUGACACUCGAGGGUGGGGCGCAGUGGCGUGUGGAGGGCAACAGCGUGAGUGCAGCCUCAGUAUUAAUUAUUUCUUAUUUCCAGCACAAUAUUCAGCUAUCGGACAGCGGCACCACCGUGGUGCUUGCAAACAACCGUCAGGUGGGCUCGAGGGUUUCCUUCGCCAAAUUUCUCCCAUCGAGCAUUGUCGUGAAGUUACCCGCGCGGUUUGUGGUUGGGUGCAACCAGCAGGGCGGUGAGGAGGUGUCGUUGUACGAAGGUGUGUUUCCGGAGGGCAUGGUGGUGUUCGGAUGUGGCACAUGCAACGACGACGCGGCGUGCUACAUGCCCGGGACGGAGUCGGUGGACCGCAGCUCGUGCUCGUGCAGCUGCAAGGACGGAUGGCAUGGCGCGUCGUGUCUUCCCUUCGAGGUGCCCGACGCGGUUGUGCCGCCCGUGGCGGAGAGAGCCGUCGACGGCGACACGAGCUGCGUGGUGAACCAGACGCUGACGAAAAUCGCGCUGAACAUGUGGAAGACGCACCACUGCUACGCGGGUGUGACAUUCAGCGGCAUGGGUGCUGUGCUGACGUUUUCCUUUGACAGCAUGCCGCUGCAUCUCCCCGUUAACAUCACGUUUACUGGAUGCACAUUCCGUGAGGGUGCUGCGCUGCAGUUUGUUGGGGGUGCUGGGGCGGCCGAGUCAGCCGGCGUCCUGAUCCGCGUGGGCCAGACUGUAAUGCGGUCUUCCGUUGUUGUGUUUGCAGCUGCCCUUCCACAGCACUGCGACAUUGCCGUCACGGAGGUUGAUGCGGUGCAGUCCUCUGAGGUCCAGCUGCUCGACACUAGGAGGAACAAGUUCGGCGUAUUUUUACUGGUGAACAUCGUGCUGAGUGCUUCCUCUUUUUUGGUCAGCAACGUCAAGGCGCGUGCAACGAUGUACGGUGGGUAUGGUUUAUACUCGACCGGGACGCUGACGCUGUUGGAUGGCAGCUCGCUGUAUGUGCAGUACUGCAGCUUCGCUGGGUACAUGCAUAUGUUUUACGUGAAUAUCCUCAGUGUGAGUGAACACUCCGUUUUUGCGCUGCUCAACAAUACGAUGUCCUCCGGAAAAAGCCUUCUUUAUCUGCGCCACGGAUUGAGCGUGUCGAAACACAGCGUGUUGCGCGUGGUGGGGAACAGCGGCUCCGUGUCCAACGCCAUUUAUUCACUAAGCUUUUUUACCGUCCGCCAUUCAAGCUGGCUGGAUUGGCGUGACAACGACGUGGGAGUGGGUGCGAUGUUUCAUUACUCCCUAAUAACUACUGUGAACAUCGACGGCAGCAGUGCUGUGACGCUGACGGGCUGCAAGAUGGGCUCGACGGGGUUGUCGGUACCUCUGCUAUCUCAGGCUGACGCCGGCUACCGGUUCGUUGCUGGGUGUCUGACGGUCGCGGGACGGAAGGUGACGACGGCGGCUGAACUGGAGCUUAACGGCAUCACCAACGUGACGACGGUUACCGCGUGUGGGGAGUGCACGAAGGACGGCGACUGCUUUGCUCCGCUGACGACGGCGGUUAUUGACUGCAAGUGCCAGUGCGCUGCUGGAGGGCACGGAGAUGUGUGCGUCCCGGCGCCUGUGCCUGCUGGCCCGCCACCGCCACUGACACCGCCACCACCGCCGCUCCCACCACCACCACCGCCACCACCGCCGCUCCCACCACCACCACCGCCACCACCGCCGCUCCCACCACCACCGCCGCCGCCGCCGCCACCGCCGCCAGUUGGUGAGUGCAUCAGCGACAUGGUGUACCCCGAGUUUGCGCAGGCAGUGGGUGGCGGUCUGUCGUGGCUGUGCUACCGCAACGUGACGUUCAGCGGGGGCGACAUGUGCCUGACGGUGCUGAUAGGGGCGAUGACGGGCGACGUGGUGAAUGUCACGUUUGAUGGAUGCACGUGGAGGGACGGUGCCGUGCUGUUGCUUUUGGGCAACGCGCACGCCGCUGUUGGGGCGCUGAGCAUCUUCGUCACCGGCAACACAUUUAGUGACGCGCUGCUCAGCCCGGAGGGUGUGUUUCCACCGCACACGAACAUCACGAUCAGCGGGAACCGCUUCACAGUCACGAGGCUGAUCCCUCGGCCGGGUUUGGACAUUAGGAGGCCGUCGUGUGUUGCGACGAAUGGACUGGCGAUCAGCAACGACUCCGCGGUGGUGCUCAGUGGCAAUGUUUUUCAGAGCGUGACGGCAUCGUCAAGCGCCAUUUACGUUGUCAAGUAUGCGCUGAGCGUGUCGUGGUACUCCGUGUUUGCGGUGGUGGGCAACACGUUUCACAUGGCUGGCGGUGACGGUACGCUGAUAUAUCUUGAAGGACCUAGAUACUCCUCAUCGCUGAGUGUGCUGAACAACUCUGCCGUGGUGAUUCGAGGCAACGCUGUGACGAGGCCGGUGAAGUGCUUCGUGUUACUUAUUUGGGCUUUGCGUGUGGAGUCCCAUUCAGCGGUUGUGUUUCAGGACAACGAAAUGCAGAGAAGCUCGGUUGUUUUUUUUUCAAGCUACUCCUCCAACAUCU